AUGGAAUUAGAUUCGGCAGUUGGUUACUCUGAGAAUGGAACUUAUCAGUCGUUUGUUCAGUCAAUUCCCCAUGUUCAAAUUCUUGUUGCGGAACUUCUCUGGCACAAAGACAUUCCAUUGAAUGUGUGUCAUGAUCAAAAUGUUGUUACCUUAGAUGUCAAUGCUGCCAAAGAUUUAUUACAUUCAUCUGGUUACAAUUAUCUUGAUGUGAGAUCAGUGGAGGAAUUCAACAAAAGCCAUAUUGAGAAUGCUAUUAAUGCACCCUAUAUGUUCAAAACAGAAGAAGGACGGGUGAAAAAUCUUGAUUUUGUUAACCAAGUUGCAGCAAUAUGUAAGAGUGAGGAUCACUUAAUUGUGGCUUGCAAUAGUGGAGGAAGAUCAAGUCGAACUUGCGUUGAUCUACAUAAUUCAGGAUUUAAAAAUAUUGUUAAGAUUGGGGGAGGCUACUCAAAACAGCUUGCAAGUUCCGCCCAUAAUUUUAUAUGUAUGAACGUGUAUUUCUAUAAAUCCUUGUGA